CAUGAGCGCUCCACUACACUCCACUCCAUUCAAAUUAGGGUUCAGCAGAGUAUGCCUACGUUCGCUUUGUUCCGGUAUUUGCCUGUUAACUGUUGUAUAUGAGGCAUAUACAACAGUUUGUAUGUGGUUGUGUUGAAGUUGAAAUGAUGAUGAUGAGGAUGAUAAUGGUGGCAUUGGAUAGGAUUUUAGUACUACAUUGAGAAGCACAAGAAGAGAUGAUCAUCAUCUACACUUUUUUUUUUUUUUUCUCUUCCUCAGAGAUAGCACUUGCACACUCAAAAGUGUGCAAACAAUGCACGGGCGUUGCGUAGUUCAAGAAAGGCACCAACUUUCAUUUGGAUGAAAGCUUGUUUGUGGGGGCAUCUAUCUCUUUGGUUUUCAUGGCUGGUGAGUGAAUAGUGAAUCAUUCACUAUUUCUUCAUUACAAUCUCAAUUUAGGGCAUUGAUUCACAGUGAUUCAUGCUUCUCUGUCAGUCAAACAUCUCACAUUUCAAUCUUGGUUUUCAAGUCAGGCAUCUUUCUCUACUUGCUUUUGAUUAGAAUAACUUGUGCCCUAGAAACCCUAUUUUACUCUGAGGGCAGUUGGUUGUGGCAGGUAGCAAACUUAACUACCUUAUAUAUAUAUAUUUAUGUCUGCAAUUUGAGAUCUUUACAAUCCCUAAUUCACAUUGUGGUGAUAAAGUUUUAAUCUUGUGGCAGUGUUAUUUGCAAACCCUAGUUUUUUGUUUACUGAUUAGAUUCUUUGCCUCUUUGUCCCCUUUAUGCUCUGGUGAAAGUUCCCCUUUCCUGCUUGAAUGGCACUUUGCAGUAGAAUAGAUUUGAUCUCAAGGUUAUUAAAGCAAUAGAGACAGCUGGAGGGAUGGUUUUGUCAAGAUGAUAUGCUUGGACUAGGGUUUCUCUUUCUGCAACUGAGUACCACUUUUGCUUUCAAUCUCUCAGGAUAAAGCUGCCAAGGUUUGUUGUUCCUUGUUACCAGUCAAACAAACUCCAUUUCUUGUUUCUCUUUAGCUAAAGUGCUGUUCAUCUUCUGCUAAUGGGUGCUGGUGAUGGUGAUUCCAAUUUCAUGGUUGAAAAGAAACCAGUUCAACUUGAUUCAGGGAUGAUUUCUGCAAAUGUGUAUGAACAGCAUUUCUUAGCUUCUGAUUGGGAUCCAAUUCUGUCAAUGGAUAAUCACGCCAUGAGUUUCGAUGUUUCUGCUGGUUUUUCUCCCUACAUUGUUGGUGUUAGUGAGCAAAUGCCAAACCUUUCCUUCUUCAGCAGCAAAAGACAUGUACCUUCAACUCAUCUUGUUGAUAAUAAUCAUCAAACUGAGACAAAUCUCAAAUGGAAGAAGAGGAAGGCAGUGUCCAAUGAAUUUCAUAUUGAGGUUGAACAGAAGAAGGAUGGCUCACCAGAAUCUGCAAAGAGCUCAAAAGAGAAGGAUGAGAAGAAAGGUAAGACAAGUAAACAUUCUAAGAUCAACACUCAGAAUGCCGAUGCUGGUAAAGACGAUUACAUUCAUGUUCGUGCGAAGCGAGGCCAAGCUACUAACAGUCACAGUCUUGCAGAAAGAGUGAGGAGGGAAAAGAUUAGUGAAAGAAUGAGAUUACUUCAAGACCUUGUUCCAGGAUGCAAUAAGAUUACCGGGAAGGCGAUGAUGCUUGACGAGAUAAUUAACUAUGUUCAGUCACUGCAAAGGCAGGUUGAGUUUUUGUCGAUGAAGCUCGCAGCUGUUCACCCGGAGGUGAACUUUGAUAUUGAGCAGAUUCUUUCCAAGGGGAUCCUCCAUUCGGAAGACGGAAAUGCAGCUGCUACUCUUGGAUUUGGUCCAGGAAUGACUACUACUCACUCUCAUUUGCAUGGAGUAAUUCAGACCGAUGUCAGAAUGUGCAGCAUGCCUAAUUCACAGAUUUCUCCGACAGCCCGAAUACCGAAUGCUUGGGAUCAUGAACUUCAGAAUAUUGCUCCAAUGAGUUUCAUUGACAGUAAAGACUUGAAUGGUGACAUGAAAGUCCAGAUAUGAAGGAAGAAGGCUAUAAUUUCGUCGCUCCGAUCUGAUACAAUGUAUAGUCCAAAAGGUCUAACCAAUUAUUGUCUUCAAGUUUUAGAAAGAAUGACAAGAUAUAUGCAGACCAUGUAUAGUCAUUGAGUUAGCUAUUUGUU